AUGGAAUUCGAAUCGUUUCUCGGCAAGGAGAGCCUUGCAGCGCUUGGGAGAAUGGGCUUCGGCAAGAGGGAGGCUCGACUAGGCCCACAUCGCUAUCAUGGUGUCGCCGCGCGAACAAGACUUUCCGUCGCGGGCAAGGUGAACGAUCUGGCAGAGAUUACCCGCGAGAUCGACAGCUUCACUUCGGCUGGAAAACGCAUUCCUGUCGCAGUCUGGGAAAAGUACGACCGGAUCAACAAACGCCACAAGAAGCACGACGAUAUGAUGGCCAUCGCUGCCGAGGCGCGGAUAAAAAUCAAACGGAGAACAAGAAAAAGGGAAGAACAAGGACAAGCGGCGGGGCAAGGAUGCACAGCUGACAGUAAAAAAAAUCUCGACGGGUCUGACCAAAAAGAAGGAAUCGCUUUCAGCACCGACAAGAGCAGCACCGGCAUCAGGAGGCACCACCCUCUUUCAAACAACCCCUCGUCGUCUUCAUCGUUCACAGCAGACAGCACAGAGCUCUCGUUGGAACGAAUGCCAAAACAACGCACAGCCCCCAGUCCGUUUCAAGGCGGCGGACGUUGCACCUUCGGCAGUGGCAGAGGAGAAGAAGGAGGAGAUGCCCUAGAAACGUUGGCGAGGCGUGAGGCACACGCAUCGACGGCUAAAUCGAGAGCCGGACCUUCCUCGUCUUCGUGGGGACCCCAAGAGCGAGACAAACUGAACGAAAUUUGUGAGUCCGAUUGCAGCAAUCAGCGGUUGUCGUUUCCGAAUACCAGCAGUUGUUCAUACUGCUGCACCUCAUCGCGCCUUUGUGCGGUGGUACAGGAGCCAAACGAGCGAGAGCACUGGCUCAAACUCAACGCUAAGCGAGGUUUCUUUCCACAGCCCCAGCAGAAGGCGAACGCCGCCGCCGGUAGCACACGUAACGACACAAGCCGCGUCGUUAUGCCAGCGGCUACUACGGAGCCCCGCCAGCCUCUCGACUUUUCCAGCUUGGCAUCGGAGCCCCAACACCCGGCAGCGACCAAUGGUCUCCAGAAAUGGCUUCCUGCGGGCUCGGAAGAAGAGCCGCUCUUCCGCCGUUCCGGCGGGGGUGGGAGCGCGCCCCCUUGUGGUGGACGGUUAGUGUCUGCCGCAGCCGCAGCCUACACCACCGAGGCCAAGAGAACUGCUUUCCUUGAAUCCUCUCCCUCCCGUCGGCUGCACGCAAGCCUACGGGCAAGCGGUACGCCGGUAUCUCCUUUCCACGACCCGGUUCGUCCGAAUUCUCCCGCGUGGGGGUUCGGGGAAGCGCCGCCGGUCUCCCCGCGCUCCUCUCGCCCGGGCUCGCGCGGCAGCGGCAGAAGCGGUGGUGGUGGCGGCGGCGGAAGCCGAGGGAGUGGUGGAGGAUCUCGGGGUGUUUCGAGGGGGGCGCAGCGGGGUUUGGAUGAUAAUGCCCACGCCGAAGGCGUCGACGACGGCGGCGGACACGAAGAAACGGAGCUGCUCGACUACACCUCUUUGGGCGUGCAGACCAUCUCGAGCAGGGCGACGUCGCCGGCGUUUGGGUUCGCGAGGGACGGCCUCGGGUCUGAGAACUUGUCCAUGUUCCAGGCGGACAAGAGACCGGAACCGGGGCCUGGAAGCUUCUGUCCAAACCUCUCGUCCACGAGCACCCACCCGGGGGUGCGUUGUGGGGUCUUGAUGGGAGGGCGCUUAGGGUCUCGAGGGGGCGGCGGCGGCGACGAGGGCGGCGGCAAAGGCUGCCACGGAGGCACAGGAGGUGGUUCGCCAGGGGGGGUCGGGGGAAGUUCGACCCGACCGAGUCCAGGACCGGGGCAGUACAUGGUGUGGGACGCCAUCGGGAGGCAGAUCUUGUCAACGAGGCCCUCUUCGCCCGUUGUAACGUUUGCCUCAGGAGACUGGGACUUGCGUCAAUGA